AUUUCAAGACUGUUCAAACCUUACUUCUCUUCCCUGCUUUGAUUUUCACUUUUUUUCCCCCACAACUAAACAAUCCCUUCCCUUUCCCAUGACGGUUCUUAGCCGUUGCUCCACGGCUGCCGCGAAUCCGACCGUUGCCGCAACAUUCUCUUACUUGAUUCGAGCUCUCUCUUCUUCUUCGAAGUUUGAUUCCGAAACCGACCUCAACCGUAAUAAACCGGCCACUUUGGCGACUCUGAACAGAGAGCCCGAGGGUAGAAAUGUCCAGUGGGUAUUUUUAGGUUGUCCCGGCGUCGGCAAAGGAACGUAUGCCUCUCGGUUGUCGAAUCUUCUCGUUGUUCCUCACAUCUCCACCGGUGAUCUCGUCCGUGAUGAGCUCGCUUCCUCCGGUCCCCUUUCCUCUCAGCUAAAGGAGAUUGUUAACCAAGGCAAAUUAGUUUCAGAUGAAAUUAUAAUAGAUUUACUUUCCAAACGUCUUGAAAUGGGAGAAGCCAAGGGUGAAACGGGGUUCAUUCUUGAUGGUUUUCCUCGGACAGUAAGACAAGCGGAGAUAUUAGAGGGCGUGACAGACAUCGACUUAGUGAUUAACCUGAAGCUUCGGGAAGAAGCAUUGCUUGCAAAAUGUCUUGGUAGAAGGAUUUGUAGUGAGUGUGGAGGAAACUAUAAUGUGGCUUCUAUUGAUAUCAAGGCUGAGAACGGGAGGCCCAGGAUGUACAUGGCUCCACUUCCUCCUCCUCCUCAAUGUGCAUCCAAGCUUAUCACUCGACCUGAUGAUACUGAAGAAGUUGUUAAGCAACGUCUUCGCAUAUACCAGGCAAUGACUCGACCUGUAGAGGAUUUCUACCUCAUUCGUGGGAAGUUGUUAGAAUUUGAUCUUCCAGGAGGAAUUCCGGAGUCAUGGCCAAAGCUGCUCCGUGCUUUGAAUCUUGAAGAUCACGAUGACAAACAAUCUGCAGCUGCAUGAUGUCUUAUAUCAUUGUAUCAUUCGAAGUAUUUGCAGGUAAAGUUGGUCAUUCUUUGCAUGCACAGCACGUGCAUGCAUAUUUAUUUCAUAAAAAAACCUGAAAAGGAAUAGAAAAAUGGAUAUGCGAUAAAGCUAGACGGCUAUAAAGUCCUAAACUACAAAAUGAGGUAUUGUUGUACUUGUGAAGUGGGGAAAGUUAUUGCUUGGGGAUGGGAGGCAUUGUGUUCUUUAAGCCGACCAUAAUGAGUUGCUUUAAAACAAAUACAUGUAUGUCUGCUUAACGCCGA